AUGAUUGAUUUUUUCUUAUAAUGGAUGGAGGAAGUGAGAAGCAAGAAUGCAUAAUAAAAAAAGUUGAAUUUUAAAGCAAUUCAUAACAAUAAUGAAAAAAUACUGUCUGUUAUCUUUCAGGUGCAUUUGUACACUAUAUCACUAUACGAAUUAGACCUUUUUAUGUUGUCUCUUAGAGAUGGAAUAUCAAAUUUGCCAGAAUCAAUAGCUGUGCUCGCUUUCUCUUUUUUUUUCCUUUUUUGUAAACUACUAUUUAUACUACUAACCCUGAUGUGUUCAGAAUCGAUUCACUUUCCAAGUUCUCCAAUUCAUUUUAAUGUAUUAUCAGUUGGAUAAUAUUUUAACAUAUUUCUUAUAGUAAUUAGCUUAUAUCUGAAAUACGAAACCGGAGGCCUGCAAACCUCCCUUUUCCACAUCAUUAACUUAAUUAUAAUUGGAUUUUACAUUUAUUAAGAGUGCCAGAAGAAAGUCAAUUACCUAAACACUUUAGUAUUAUUAUUACUCACGUAUGGUUUUUUUAAUAAUUUAUCAUUCUUUUUUGUUAUUGAAACCGCAAAGAAGGAAUAUUAGAUAGCACUCCUCUAUGUCUUAUGCCCCUUGUUCCUAAAUUUAGUUAUCCAUUACUCAAGAAGAUCAACUAUUAUUGUCUACUAGAGAAAUCGAACUAUUGAUCAAAUAUUUAACAACCUCCUCAUUCUAGAUGAAAACAAAUCCAAUAUUUAUAAAAAAGACAAUUUCUAAACCCUGAUACUAAAAUAAAUAACAACAAAUGCAGAUGAUCCCUUCAAUUCCGAAUUAAUCUUGUUUAACAAUAAAAUCAUCAAAUCAAAAAAGAGUUAAAAAGCCUUUUGGUACUAUAAAUACAUUCUUAUAAAAUUAUCAUAACGGUAAUACACAGAGACUCUGAUCCUGAUACACAAUUUCAAAUAGUCCUAAUUUUAUUCUGAAGUAAAUAAGUAAUUUGUAAGAGUUCAGAUAACUAUUUCAUUUAUUCAAUAAUUGAAACUCAUAAAUAUCAAAAAUGAAGUCUAUUAAUUAUUAAAUUACAAUAUCAAUAAGAAUUUUGAUUUGGACAAACUCAACUCAAGCACUUUUAUUCAUUACAAAGUUCAGAUUCAAAAAAGCUAAAUUUAGAUUUUAAAUCUCUUUAAGGAAAAGGAAGCACUUUAUGCUCAACUUUUAGAGGGGAAACCUACUAAAAUAAAUGGGAUAUUUAAUAAAAGUUACAAUAUCCUUGAACAAGCCUUGUAAAUAUAAUAGGAUUUGAGAUAGGAAUUAACUACCUAGAAAACAUAUCGCAUUCAUUAAUUAUUGACCAUGCUUUACGUUGAAUUUUUUAAUAAUAUAAUAUAGGCUGAACUUCUCAAGUAUUUUUAAUUGAAUAAUGAAGAGUUGAAAUAGAAUCCUUUAGAAAAUAUGGAUUUUCUCAAUCUUAAAUUAGAAGACAAUCUACUAAAUACUUAAAUAAAGUAUUUUAGUUAGAGUCUCUUUUUGAAAUUGGGAUAUAAAUUAAAAGAUGAAUCCUUUUUUCAUUUCAAAAUGCUCUUCCCGGAUGCAUUUUAUGAUACUCAUUAAAAUCUAAUUAGACACUUUUUGGAAAGUGGGACUUGUAAGUAUUUAAAUAGGAUCUCAGAGAUGCUGAUUAGAGGAUAGGAUAAUGUUUACUUUUACUCUAUGUUCUAAUUGAAUAUUGAAAAUUCCAAUCAACCAGAAUUAUCUUUUUAUGUUUUCAUUAAAAUAAAUGAAGAACAACCUAAUUCCGUAUUCAUAAAUAAGCAAAACCAAAUCAUUGGUUAUACCACAUCAUUUUUGAAGUACAUCAAUAAAAAAAACAUGAAUUUUACUUCUAAAUCUUUAUAUUUACAGGAACUUAGUAAAGUAAUCAUGAUCAAUAAGCAAAAUCUUGGAUAGAAGUAUAUAAAGGGACGUUUGACAUAUGAAUUAUAAGAAGUAGCUUUAGAGUAUAUUGAAAGAAGAUGUAUUGCAGAAUUGGUCAUAUUGGAUGAAAAUUGGGAUUAUUUAUUAAAUCACGAAGUGUUUAGUCAAGAACCAAGUCAACACUGUAGUUUAUUACUUAAUCAAGAAUCUGUAGUCUUAAUACCAAAUCAGCUUUUUAUUGAUGAUUUGAAUAGUCCUCUAUCUUUGGCAAGAAGAGACAAACCCUAUUAAGAAUUAUUGCAAAGUGAUAUAAAACAAAACUAAACAAUCAAAAGUAAAGAAGAUAGCAAUGUUAUUAGCGAACCUAUUCAGGAAAAGCCAAAAAAUUAAUAAUAAUUAAGUAAUAAAGAGUAAAAAGAUGAAAUCAACAAUGAUUAAGCAUCAUCAAAGUUUUCAAGAGGGUUUUUAGAUAAUUCAAUAUUUUAUUCAAAAUACAACAAGCUUAACUUAUUUUUAACUUAAAGCAAGAGAAAUCGACAUAUCACAAUGGCUUUGCUAUUGUUUCUUUUAGCAUUACUAAUAAAUAUUAUUUUUUAGUUGUUAAGUUUGACUCAAUUUUUACCUCAAUUUUAUAAAGUAAAUUCAGAUCUUGAUAUGUUAAGUAUUAAAGGCAAUUUUAUGGCUCCUAUUCAUAAUUGUGUAACAGCAUAGGUAAGUGUUGUUAAUUAUAUGCUCUUGGCAUUUGUAUUUAAAGAAAUAAGCCAAGAGGUUGCUUUUUCAAAAAUGUAAUUUGGAUUAGAUUCCAUUUAUAAAUCAUAUGAACAUUUAAAAUCCUCGUUUUCUACUCAAUUAGACAACCAAAACCUCUAAGAGUUUUUCUAUGAUAAGGAAAUAGUAAUGUAUUAAUUUGAGAAUUUAACCCUGGUGCCACGAAACAUAUCACUAAAGCCUGCUUUGAUUUACUAUUAAGAAGCUUAAUAUUUCGUUUCAAUCUUAGAUUAUUACAAUGUACUUUCCAUAAUUCCUUCAAAUGAUUUUGUCUAUUAUAUGGCUAAUGUUAUAGAUGUUGAUAACUAUUUUGAUUACUUGAAUGACGAGGUUGAAAUAUUUGUAGAAACCAGAAUGAAAAAUUUUGAGAGCAGUCAGACAAAGUUUUUCUUAAAGAUGGUUUUUUUGCAAUUGUUAAUAGUGACUUUGGGUAUAUCGUUAGUUUUGUAAAAUCAAUACAAACAAACAGAGUUAUUUGGAUUAUUUACAAAUAUCAAUACAUUUGCAUUAUAGAAGGAGAUUUAGAAGCUAUAAAAAAUGAUCCACAUAUUGAAUCAUGAUGACGCAUACUAAAUUUACAAUUUUGAAGUAAGUGUGUGGGAGAAAGAGAUCUCAGCUCAAACAUUUUCUUAUAAUUUGAAAAUAAAUUUGAGUAGAAUCAUAAGUCAUGAAUACAAGUUGCCUAGAUUAGGAUUAAUUACUAUAUUUUUUAUCGUACUUACAAUUUAUUUACUUCCUUAAAUAAUAUUAGAAUCUAUGAAUGGCAUCUUUUUUGAUAAAUACUCACAAAGCAUAGAUCUCUUGGUUAGAUUGUCAUCAUUAGGAUCAGCAGUGACAGCAGUUUACGAGAUAAGAGAAAUAAAUUAUAUGAUUUCAGGUAAGUCUCCUUUUUUCGAUUUCUUUACUGAUUAAAAACGAAUUGAAUAAAACGCUAAAGUUGAGCACGAACUUAAUAAAAUAAGCGAAUAUCUAUAUUUUUAUUUGUAUCUUGAUUUGUAAAAAUAUAGCAAUAUCUAUUAGUGACUCCUCUUUAAAUGAUGAUGAUAUUACAGAAGUAUUUUAAAGUGUUCAAUCAUCAAAUCUGUGUAAUUUUGUAACUCAUGUAAUAACCCUAUUUAUAAUGAUUAGUACAACGUAACUCUGGCUGAAGAGCAUUGUGAUUUAAUUUAUGAUGGAGUGAUGAAGUUGGGAUUGAUAAAUACGCUGACUGAAAUAUACAGUUAGAUCAAGACGGAAUACGAAAAUACCAAAGGUUUUCAAGUUUAAUACAGGAAUAAAUCGGGUGCCUUUGAGGAGGUUGAAAUUGGAUUAAUUGCGUCAGAUUCAGUUUUAUAUUUAGAAACUGAAGUAUUUCAUUCAGUAACAAAGAAGACUUCAGAAUUAAUAGCUGCUCAUUAAGUAUAACAAUUUAAGGAAUAAUUAGAUUUUAAUUGGUAUCCAAAUAGCAAUCAGUGUGAUUCUUGGUUUUAUUUUGGUACGCUAUUAUUAUCCAUACCUUAUAAGAAGAACUCUGAUAGUUAAGAACAUGAUAUUUCUGAUACCCUAAUUGCAGUUUUAUUUGGAUCAAAAAUUUGAAACUGAUUUCCGACUGCUAUAAAUGCAAAAUGUAUGA